CACCAUCGCAAAAGCCCAAGGCCCCAGACCCCAAACUCAAAAGACUAGAAAUCCUGUCUACAAAGUUGGCCUUUAGGAGUGAGUGAGCUACUCUCUCUCAGCCUUCAGGCUUCCUUUCACUGGCACGAGCACCCUCGUCGAUUACACAAAUCAAAUUAUAUGAGAUUGCUGCAUGGGUUUGAAAGAUAGGCAAAUCAUGUUGUGUGGCAGUGGAUCCUGAUGAGCAGGCCAGCACUGUGGAGAGUUCUGUUGGAGCAGAGUUGUUCUAUGAAAGAGAUAUGAUUCUAGAGCCAUUUGAGGGUAUGGAAUUUGAAUCCGAAGAUGCUGCCAAAAUAUUCUAUGAUGAAUAUGCUCGUCGGGUAGGAUUUGUCAUGCGCGUGAUGUCUUGUCGUCGCUCUGAAAGAGAUGGGAAAAUUCUUGCCCGCCGGCUUGGAUGUAAUAAGGAGGGCCAUUGUGUUAGCAUCCGUGGUAAGUUUGGGCCAGUUAGAAAGCCAAGGCCAAGCACAAGGGAAGGUUGCAAGGCAAUGAUUCAUGUAAAGUAUGAUAAGUCUGGAAAAUGGGUGAUAACUAAAUUUGUAAAGGACCAUAAUCACCCACUUGUUGUGUCCCCACGUGAAGCUCGUCAAACGAUGGAUGAAAAGGACAAAAGAAUCCAGGAAUUAACUGCUGAGCUGCGGAAUAAGAAACGGUUAUGUGCAACAUACCAAGAACAGUUAAAUGCAUUCAUGAAAAUUGUUGAAGAGCACAGUCAACAGUUAUCGAAGAAAGUACAAAAUGUAGUUGAAAACCUUAAAGAAUUUGAGUCGAUAGAACAGGAGCUUCUACACCAUAGAAUAUAGAUAGCAUCGUCUUAUAGAUGAUAGGAAGAAGAAACAAUGACAGAUGUAUAAUGCUAGUGAGGAUGGAGCUGCCCUGAUUUGGUAUUGAUCUCCAUAACGAUGUGCAUUGCAAUAUUAUAUUCCCUUUUUAAAUGGGUGUAGCAUGUAGGAAGAAGAAUGGCGGGUUUGGUGGCAUGUUUAAAUGAUAGAAGAUGAGUUCCUCAUCUCUUUAGUGACACAUGCCUGUGAUUAUAUAGUGCAAGUUAUUCUGAGAAUUGAGAUGGAUUUCCUUUCCUUUUCUUUCUUUUGCCGAUUGUCAUAAUCCAAUCUGUUGAGAUAGUGAAUUUGGUUGUAUUUGAAAAAUAUAUAUGACCCCACAAUUUAUGUAA